AUGGCGCGUUCUAUCGCUCUCUGGACAGGGGAUGCUUUCUGUCGAGCAAUGAGGAAGGAGUACGGGAAGGCUUCUGGUGGCUACCCCAUUCCUGAACUUUUGGACACCGUGACCGCUGAAGGAAGGGUCACUGAUUUACGGUUGGUUCAGGUUGGCUGCUCACACGAUGGCACUGUACGAGCAGUUGACCUAGUCAAGAUCGAGGGAACUGGUCCUGAUCUCACGGUAUUUCGGCACCAUGCCAGAAAGGUCUGCAAAGGAUGCCAUCUCCAUAGCUGA